AUGAGCGACGACGUCCGGCAACAGUCCGGGGAAUUGGAUGCUGCAAACGGCCACGAUACAGAGAGAUCGUUGAGGCCGCCUGGACGCUGCAGGCACGGCUUAGCGGAGCUGUCCUUCGACACCCGAACUUCUCAGUACUGCCUGAUCUCUCACACGGCGGACCCCGAGGAUCUACUAAGGACCGUUGCCCUCAAGGAACCCUGGGGGUUGCGAAAUCCGAAUCUCAUCCUGUCGAUCAUGGGCGGCGCCGGGAACAUGGUCCUGCCCCCGAACCAGUUUGACAUCGACGGCUUUUCAAAAGGCUUGGUGGAAGCGGCAACGCGAACCUCCGCCUGGGUGAUCACAGGUGGGACUGCCAGCGGAGUAAUGGAAAUCGUUGGCAAGGCUAUGCGGAAGCACGACAAGGAACGCAAGGUACCAUGCCUGGGCAUCACCCCCUACGGCGCUCUGAAACGAGGCUGGCGUGACCUGAUUUGCUCAGAGGCUGCUUUUGAGGAAAGCUGCCCAGCAAACCCCAAGAGGAUGGAUGCUGCAGAGGCAAAGCCAGAAGGGGCGGCAGUGGACGAUAAGCCGCUGGCAGCCCUUCAAGAAAACCAUUCGCACUUCAUCAUCUGCGACAAUGGUAAGGUUGGCAGCGAGACGUUUGGAACGGAGAUUCCGUUCCGGACGCGUUUCGAGGAUCAUGUCGCCAAGGGCGAGUUCAAUGACGUCGAGGGGAGUUUGCAGGUUCGCGUGCCGCGCGUGAUGAUCCUUCUGAAUGGUGGCAAGAUCUCUUUGGAAUCGCUGGUCCAGGCUAUUCAAACCGGCUGUCCGUUGGUGGUAUGCCGCGGAACUGGACGCCUCGCCGAUGUCAUUUGCCGUGUCUUGGAAGAGCCCUGCAGUGUGGACGACGAAGACGAGAACUCCUUCCGAAGUCACCUGCAAGAAACCUUGCAUGAAGCCGUCAAGGAGUUCAUGCCGCAGGACACCUUGACGACACAAGACAUCGAGCAUUUCGAAGCCAUCGUGCAGAGUGACAUGGUGGUGAUCUACUCUAUCAACGACCGCUUCGAAGAAGUGGUUCUGCAGGCGGUCUUGGGCCACGCCGGCUCUGCCCCAACAACCUCUUCCAGAGAUCUCGAGGCCCCAAGCGCGGUCGCCGUGGGGCAACAGCUGGCCUUGGCUGUGCAGUGGGGCUGUUCCAACUACUAUGGCCACCUGGGGCAAAGGCUCAUGGAAAAUGGCGAUCCGAAUGGGGCCAUCAAGCUGAUCUUCAAGGAGCUGGUGGCUUUCAACUCGGGCAUGACGCCCGUGACGGUGGUGCGCAGCGUGCGCGAGAAUGCCGGCAUGCUGGUGUCGUGGCUUCUUCAGAACUACCUGAAGCAGAUGGAUCAGUUCGUUGUGAACGAGGAGACCUUAGGGAUCGAUAUCCAUUGGAGCCGCGUGGCGCAGGAAUCCUGGAGGUCUCUCGAAGGACUGCUCGUCUGGUCCAUCGAGCAAGAGGCUCCAUGCUCUGUGCUGGAGAUCAUCUGGUCCUACAUGGAGGAUCCUGUCCAUGCAGCUCUCAUCGCUGCCUCCGCUUGCCGAGACACUGCGGAGAGGAAACAUGGCUCGGCUUCCUACCAGGACGGCUUGGCCAAGAAGGAGUUGGAGGACUCGGCGGACCGCUUUGAGAAACUUGCCAUCCUUGUCUUGGAAGACCUUGCUCAGUCGGGGAAAGGGGUGGAGUACCUCUUCCAGGAGCCGGUCCGUUGGCAAGGGAAGCACAACUGCUUUCGCCUCGCGCACAACCUGGGUUGCAAGACCUUUGUGUCCAAGACGACCUACCGGCGUGCUGUCGACCAGUAUUGGAUGACACCAGUUCCUUUUCACCUCCACUUCCAUCACGGCCAACUGGAUCAUGCCAAGCUUUUCAGCUGGCGGUCGUGGCUGAGCCUCCGUGCAGACUCCAAGGGGCAAACCAGAGAGCUGAAGAUCUGCGACUUUGGUCCCUGGCAGUUCUUCUCAAUUCCGUAUGUCCAGGCGUGGACCAAUGGUAUCGCCCGCUGCCUUUUCGUCGCUCUCUAUUCUUAUGCGGUGUUCUACCGAUUAUUGGCGGUGGGCAGUAUUUGCUUCAUGGAGGUGCUGCUCUUCCUCUGGGCUCUGGGCCUUGCGCUGGUCGAGCUUCGGCAAUUUCAGACGAGCGGGUUUACCUCCUACAUCAACGACUUUUGGAACAUCUUGGACGCCUUGCACAUCACGGUGCUCCUUUCAGCGUUGGUGCUUGGACUCCUCCUGGCCGACCAGAGCCGGGACAUGAACAAGCCGGAGCAAGUGCUGGAGGUGAUGCAUGCGAUGAAUCUGCUGCCAUGUUGGAUCCGUGUGUUGCAAGUGCUGCAGAACUCGGAGCAUUUCGGAACCCUUCUCAUCACCAUCUUCGGAAUGGCCAAGGACGCGCUGAAAUUCUUCAUCUUGGUGUUCAUUUUCUGCUGUGCGUUCAGCUGCGCCAUCACUCCAAUUCUCUUCUCACAGAUCGAGGAGAGGGAUAACCAGGCAGGUCAGGGCAACAGCUGCUUCCCGGGCCUCACCUGGGCGUUCUGGACCAUUGUGGGGAGCAUGGACGAGGCGGCAUUGGCCCAGCUGAAGACUCUUCCUCCCAUCACGAGGAUGACAGCCACGGUCUUGGUCUACAUACUGGCUCUCGUUUGCAACGUGCUGCUGGUGAAUCUGCUCAUUGCUGUGAUGAACAGCACCUAUGAGAAGAACCAGUCCAUGUCUCAAACCUCCUGGGCCUUCUCGAGGAUUGAGGCCGUUCUCGAGUACGAUGAUGAGUCGACACUGCCUCCGCCACUCAAUCUUUUGGGUCUGCUACUCGAUCCAUUCGGCCAGGUUUCCCGUGUUUAA